GUUCGCCAUGUACAGAUACAAAACUGUCCAGAUCUUCUGCUGAGUAUAGAUCUAUUCGGAGUUGAUCCUUCAAGUAUACCUUUCCUAAUCAGGAACUCUGGUAAGGUGACCCUAGACCUGGUUGACCUUGACCCUGAAUUGACCGGCCGGCAGAAUAUCAGCUUUAACUUUAGUAAUGUUGAGACAGUACACUUCAAGAGGGUCAAUAUACCAGAUCCUAUACAGAUUAGUGCUAUUAAUGUGAAGAAGGUUUUGAUCUCGAGUUCCAGGUUCGGGUUCAUCUCCACCAGCUCCUUCUCAAUUCACAACACCAGGAACCUGGAGAUCAGGGACUCAACCUUUACCAGGGCACAGGAGAGUUCCAUCGAGGUUGAGGGAGUAGAGGAGGUUGCAGUUAUUAACAAUGAAUUCAAUAUAAACGUUAUAAAGGUCGUGUCAGCAAAAGAUGGCAAAAAGGUGUAUAUAAGCUGUAAUAGAUUGCUAGAUGAGCCGAUAAGUCCUGAAUGCAUACAAAGACCAACAACAACAACAACAACAACAACAACAACAACAACAACGACGACAACAACAACAACAACAAAAACAACCACAUUUUCAUCAAUAAGUUCAAGUAGCACAACUGUUACUGAAACGACGACAUUAAAGAAAGUAGAAAACACUACUCUUCCACCAACAGUUAUGGUUCUGGGACUUUCUGAUGAUAUACUCAUAGGUAUAGCUGCAGGUAUAGGAGCAAUCCUUCUCCUUCUUAUCAUCCUGGUUGUCUGUCUCUGCUGUAGAAACAGGAAAAAUAAAACAGAGAAAAAGGACCCCGAGCUAGUUGAUUCUAAACCCUGUAAUACAGACAACAAUGAGAACCUCCGGGAGGAUAGAACGGAGCCAGAGCCGGAGCUGGAUAGAUUACUGGCUCCGGAGGAACCAAACCUAUCAGAUGAGUCGGAUGAGAACGAGAGUUCGGUUCCGAGGUUCUCCAGUCCUAUCUGGAUACAGGAGAUUCAGAACAAUAAAAUAUUCGCUAAACAGCGGAGUAUAAACUCUAGCACGGAGCAGCGGAAUCUCGUCAAUGGGUUGAAGACGGAGAACGGAGAUACCCAGGAGGAGCUGGAGACUCCCAGGCGAUCCCAUGUACGGCUUCCAGUUCGAUCCAUUUCUGAGAUUUUAGAAUUCGACGAUGAAGUUGAACCAGAGGAACAGAAAAUACAAGAUCAAGAAGGACAAGAAGUUAAAGAAAAAGAGAAACUAACCCGACCCCAACCAAAACAAACCGAUUGUUAAAAUGAUUGAAAACUUGCAAAAACUUUGCAAAAAUUACAUUUUACACUGAUCUUUCCUGCCAAUUUUUAGUGCUAAAAACUUGAAUUUUCUCCAUGAUAGUUUAUUAGACUUUUAAGUGUACAUAUUUGUUCAGUCAUAUAGAUGGUACAAUGCACACGUGCGGCCGUUGUACAUAUAGAUAAGAGUGAAAGUUGUGCUUCCCAUUAAAUAUGUGUACAGUGUACAUACAAAUCUAGUGAAUUAAGUGUCAAAAUCUAGUGAAUAUAAUUGUUUACCUCAUAAAGCAUGUUCUGAUGUCGCCCAGGUUAAUAUUGAUGCGCUAAAAAGGACUGUAAACGUAGUUUCAAGUGAUCCUGCAUUUUAAGGAUGUCAUAUAUGAUUCACAAUGGUACGCUUUAAAACUUAGGUUAAUCACUGGUAAAUGAGAUAGUCUUUCUAUCUGAAAAUUAAUUCUUUUUAGUUGUUGUUCUUUAUAAGAGUGUUUUGCAGAUUUAUGAAUCAUAAUUGAUAAAAGUUUAAAAAGUACCUUUGUGAAUGUGAUAUACCACUCAAUAAAUAAAGUAUCACUUGAAUAUACCAAUAAAGCCCCUUUAACAACCUUAAACUUAAUAAUUUAAUAUCAAAAUUAUGCAUUUUUUUCAACAUUAUAUUUUCGGUAAAUAUUCGUCUAUUUUUCAAGGUUAAAAGGAAUUUAAUUCAAUUCUAAGUUGUAUAUUUGUACAUAUCUGUACAGUGUAAGAAGUUGUACACUAACCAAAACAUGAAAUAUAUGUCAAAACUCAA